UAUAUAUUUUUUUGGAAAACGAGAGAUACAUUUACAUCCCCAUAUUAGUUAUUAUUAUUAUUAUAAAUAAUAAUAUUUUGUUAAAUGUCUAACGGUAUUUCUUAAGGUAGAUAGAAAGUAGACCCAACCGUUUCUUCGCAUACGGUCCUACCCCUCCUUCCUCCCCUCCCUCCUUCUGUCCUCUCUCCUAGCAUCAUAUUGUCCUCCCUCUUUCCCUGAGUCAUUGUGGAGCACCGCCGGUCCUUCUUCGACUCUGUGGCUCCCGUCAGGUCCGUCUGAUGAACACAUUCGACGGCCGUUUAAAAUGACCGAAGUGGCUCCGAGCUGCACCGAGAUGACAGCACUGGCCCCGCCUCCCGCGCCGAUGGUCACCAGUAGGAACGCGUCUCCUGCUCGAUCACCGUCCAAUCACAGCGGCCCAGAGAUGCAGGAAGUGAUGCGUGAUAAGGACCGCCGUGCGCAGCAGCAGCUGGAUCGCUCUGCCGAGGAGCGAGGGAGGAAGAUGGAGGUGCAGAAGAGGAAGGAGCAGCAGCGCCGGGCGGCUGCCGGGGAGAAGAGACGGCAGCAGAAGGAGGCAGAGAAGGAGAGGCUGGAGGCCCUGGUCCGCCGGAGAGCCGGAGGUCCCGAGAGACGAGGAGGUGGAGGAGGAGGAGGAGGAGGAGGAGGAGGUGGAGGUGGAGGAGGAGGUGGAGGAGGAGGAGGAGAGGCUCGAGACCACCUGGAUAACAGGCCCAAACGUUGGACAUGGGGAGGACCGCCUGACGGAGUGGAGGUUGGUGACUUCCUGUCUCCGCCCGCGAUCGAUCAGCCAAUCAACAAGCAGCUCUCCAACUCGUCCGCUGCCCUCCAUUCACCUGAGAGAGUGUCUUUUGUGUCCCAUCGAACAGCUUCCCCCAACAACCACAGGCCGAACAGAAGUUCCUCCAACCGCAGGAGCAUCGCUGGAUUCCCUGAGGAGACGUCCAGAGCCAAAACACCCACGGGGGAAAAUCCAAACGCACCGGCCCGCAGUUCUUCCUUCAGGGCCAACAGCAAGGGCCCCGCCACACCCAAACGGGUGAGGUCAAACAGGAGUCGCGCCCAGUCGCCCUGCUCCCCCGGCCAGUACCCCCCCUCCCCGCUAAGGCAGAGGGCCACAACCCCCGGCACCGACGACAGGGGUCACCCCGAGGUCAAAGGUCACAGCACCCUGGAGAGGAAAUCCACCAAAUCUGAGACCUCGGAGAAAAGGAUCCCCAAAUCCACCAGCAAAGAACUGAACGCAGAGUCUCCGAGCACGCCGACGGGCCGGAGUGUCGGAGGGACGACGGACGCCGAGGAGGCGUCCAGGCUUUUGGCCGAGAGACGCCGUCUGGCUCGAAUACAGAAGGAGCAGGAGGAGAGGCAGCGGCAGGAGGACGAGAGGCUGAGGGCCGAGGAGGAGCAGAGGAGGCAGCAGGAGGCCAAAGAGAGGCAGGAGAGAGCUGCGCUGCAGGCCGAGGAGGAGAAAGUGAGGCGGGAGGAGGAGAGGAGGAACAGGGAGGACGAGGAGAGACGGCAGAAGGAGCAGCGAUGGAAGGACAUGCAGGAUCAGCUGGACAGAGAGAGGGAGGAGGCCGUCCUCCGAGCCCAUCGAGAGGCCGAGAGGAAGAGGCAGGAAAGAGAGCUGCUGCACAUCCAGGAGGAGCAGGAGCGGCUGCAGAGGAAGAAGAGAAUUGAGGAGAUCAUGAAGAGAACACGGAAGAGUGAAGCGGAGCCGCUGUCCGGUGCUGCAGCUGACUCGAUGCCAGAGGUGGCGGUUCUCCCGGAGGACGAGGUCCCCCCGGAGGACGAGGUUCUCCCGGAGGACGAGGUCCCCCCAAAGGAUGAGACCCAGACUCCGGCCCCCAUCACCCUGCUGGGGCCCCUGGAGACCAAGAGCUUUGUGGACGAGCUGUCGGACGGAGUCCAGUCGAUGGACGUCAGUCCAGUGUCCAGGGACGAGCAGCCCAGCGCUCAUGAGUUUUCACCGCUCACAGAGGGGACGGACGGCUGCACCCUGGAGCACCUGAUGGACCUCGAGGCCCACGGCCGAGGACAGCGGCAGGGCGGCGAGACGGCCCCGUACCCCAAACUGCAGGCCGGCAGCGGGGUCGGGGACCUCAACAAGAACCUGCUGAUUCAAGCGUACAACGCCGCCUCUGAAUCCUCACAGCUCAUCAACAGCAUCGGGCCGAGCAAACUGGACGUCCAGUAGCCAGGAGCCGGCCGGUUUCCAUAGAAACGGGACGAGCAGAGCAAGAAGCCCCUUCUGCCUGCAGCAACGACAAUAAUCAACAUUUCCACGAGGAACAAAAGCCGAACAACUAGUUUCACAUUCGCAUUACAGUUAAGCUUCUGGCCACGUUUUUUGAGGCAGUGCAAAUGGGCAAUUUAGACUCUCACUAACACUGGAAAAAUAAAUCAUGCAAAUAAUAAGACGUAUAUAUAUAUUUACUGGUUGUGUGACAGAGAAGGAAGUUGCUGCAUGUUGUCAAAUGAAAAAGUUCACGAAGGUAAAACUACUGUAAACAAUGUUUAUGCUAAUGAGCAGCGAUCAAACAAACCGUUCACAUUUCUGAGUAUUUAAGGAGAAUCACAAUCUAUUUAUUUAGUAAUAGAUUUUUUUUUAUUUUACAGCAUUAUAAUCUGCAGCCAGGUAUGUCCUUCUGGUGAAAUAUACUACAUAUAUUUUAUUUAUUUUUUACCAGCCGCCAACCAAACUCUGUACAAAUUUCUUAGUAUUUAAGAAUUUGGCUACAAAUACUUGAGUCGGCCUUCAAAACAAAACGCCAACUGUUCAACAGAAUGCAUUUUUCUUCCUUCCCGGACGUCAGACAUUCAUCUUCUCCUCAUUUCACCUCCUUCCUGUUCGAGCUUUAUUUCCCAGCUGCACUGCCGCAAAACUAUAACUCAAAGCAUCGCCCGCUUUAAUCUCUCUCAUCCCGCUUUUUGUAAAACUCUGUAAAUAUCUCCGACUGGGUGGAGGAGUCAGGGGAGCGCCUCCGUAGCAGUUUAUCUGGAGCGGAAGCAGUAAAAAAAUUAAUUAAAAUAAAAUAAAAAAGACAGCACUGUUGUGUAGUAGCAUCUCCAGUGAGGACUUAGCCAGUUGAGAUGUUAAUGGUUGUAGCCGUGUACUUGAACACUGUAUGGGAGUCUCUCUCUUUCUGUCUGAUGGGUCCUGUGUGUUUAUCUCAAUUCUGAUGACAGCCACUCCUGCUUAACUACAAAAAAAAAAGAAAAGAAAAGAAAACGCCCGUCAUCGACAUGAUAUUAUAACCCCAUAAACACUUAGUUUCUUUCUCCCAUUGAUCGGACAGCGAGGACGAGAUAAAUACGUCAAACGCAUACUUGUACCUGCAGCCGGGGGUAAACGCUGACCGCGCUCGCUGCAGUUUUAUAGUGUGCACUUCCAGUAGUCGUGUGUGUUUCACUGCUCUGAAGACGCUUGCACCCCCCCCCCCUCACCUUCACAGCUAAAAUAUACCUCACCAGUUCAUAACCGAGUCUGCCGGCGGUCACCACCUCUCAUCACCUCUGAGGCCUUAAACCUCUGUGCUGUUACCCCGCCCUCUGUGCUUCGCCCUCAGGCUGCAUGUGACACUCAUGCUGUUUUAAAAGCCCCCGUUUUCACACACAAACAACCACAGAAACAAGAACUACAAACACACGCUUGAGCAAGUCGGUGUUUGUGUAUUUACAGCCGCACCCGUCCAGGCCGAUCAGGUUGGAUUUCCAGCCGGGACAAAGCAACAAGAGCCCCCCAGGUGCACUGUGUGGACGACCCGGGCCGUAAGCCAGCGACACACUGUGUGCAAAUGUCUGACUAUUUACGGAAAAUAACAUUGUAUUCAAAUAUUCAGGCAUAUUUAUUUGUUGAUUUUUAAAGUAUCUUGUCGCAUUCUGGUCCGAUGUCAUUUUCUGGUGAGGAAUACCUACAAAAAAUGUAAUUUUUUUCCACUGUAAUUUAUUGAGUUGUUUUUGGCUAAAAAUGGUCAACAAGAGAUGUGAGUUUAGAAAUCCCAACUGUUCAUUGACGUCAUGGUCUGGUGCCGCACAUGCCCUAUUACAUUCCUUUAGUGCUUUUAAAAUUAACUUCAUUCUGCCUCAAAGCAGUCAAAACAUAUUUGAAUCAGCCUUAAAAAAUGUAAUUAAUAAAAAACCUCUUCUUCAUGUCGUUAUAAGUAAAUAUGACUGAAGACAUGACCUCAGUGUCCUCGGUCACAGGGACAAAAUAAGGUUCUUGGUGUCCCCCCCCCCCCCCCCCUCCCCCCCCUCAUUGUGUCAGCUUGUUAUUCCUCCAGAUUCUGCUGAAGCCUCCGGGUUCCCCCCCUUGUGUAUAUGAAGUAAAACAAAAAGUAAAUAAAGGACACAAUGUUUAUCCGAAUAUUAUUUAACUCUGUGACACUGCAGCUUGGUGGAAUAUAUCAUUGUAGAUGUGGUGCAUGGAUAUCUGCUGAAAAAGAACAAUAAACGUCAUCAAGCCAUUCGUGUCAGUGAGCUGGAUAAAUAGAUACUCGUAUAUAUAAAAAUGGCAAACGGACACUUUGGGUUGAGGAAAAGAAGGGAACUAGUAAAGAUGCAAACCUGUAAAAGAUGUUUAAUCUUUGACUCGUGACGAGGAACUUAUGAGAUGACAAAUGUAGUGUAGAGCUUAAAGCAGCCACUUUUAUUUAUCAUUAUAUCUCACUGUGUGUUGACUUUAUGCUGCACUGAAAUUAAAACUGAUCUGC